UCCCCGCGCGCCUGCCAGCGCGAGCGAUGCCUCGCGCCGGACCCUCGCCUCAGCCGCAGCCCGCCCCGCGCGCCACUGCCCGCCUCGGCGCCCGCUCCCUCGUCUCCUCCUCUCCCAGCCUCGUCUCCGCCGCCCGGGCGGCAGCCGCCGCCGCCGCCUCCUCCUCCUCCUCGGCAGCCGCUGGGCUGGUGCCUCCAGCUGCUCAGCGGCUCCCCUGGAUGCUGGGUUGGUAACACUGCUGCAAAGUUUUGCCGCCGCCCGCUUUGCAUUUGGUGGUGGCCGCCCGGCUGUGGGAUCGCGCGUGUGUGUGGGGUUUGUUUGUCGGCUUUGGUUGGUGCGCGUGUGUGUGUGUGUGUCCCUAGUCCCUGCUGCUGGGCAGGCAGAAGGGGCUGGAUUGGGUUGGGUUGGGUCGGGGUGGGGGGUGGGAGAGAGAGAGAGUUGUUGGUGUGGUGCACGCUUUUCUCCUUGCACAAAAGCCCCGGCAAAGAAAACUCUUGGAAAGCUCGGAGCAGGAGGAGCCGGGAGCCGGACGGCCACCGAUCUCGCUGUCCUGGCGUUGCAAUUGUGUGCCCCCCCCGCUCGAACUGGAUACGUUGUUGCAACUGUGAAGGAACUAAAUUCGAUUUUGUAGGAGCCUUAUUAAUUUUUUUGGUUGUUUUUUGGUAGAGAUUCUCGUUUUCCUCCAACCCCCCUUCACUCUCCCGAUCAUUUUUUCCCCCUUGGGGGUAGAGGGGGAUACACAAGGGGAAAAAAAAAGUAAAGGAAUAUGAUUGCUUCGUGGUUGACUUUCGCCUUUCUUUGUGGAACUUUCUGUGCAGGGCCAGGUCAUGGGGAGGCAGAGACGAGAGAAUGCAUCUACUACAAUGCCAACUGGGAGCUGGAGAAGACCAAUCAGAGUGGCGUGGAACGCUGUGAAGGAGAGAAGGACAAACGGCUCCAUUGCUAUGCUUCUUGGAGAAACAACUCUGGCUCCAUUGAGUUGGUGAAGAAAGGCUGCUGGUUAGAUGACUUCAACUGCUAUGACAGGCAAGAAUGUGUAGCCACAGAAGAGAACCCUCAAGUGUUUUUCUGCUGCUGUGAGGGGAACUAUUGCAAUGAGAAAUUUACGCACUUACCUGAAGUAACUGGUCCAGAAGUAAUAUAUGAGCCACCACCACCAACACCCUCACUACUCAACAUUCUGGUUUACUCUCUGCUUCCAAUCGCUGUUCUGUCAGUGGCCAUUCUCUUGGCCUUCUGGAUGUACCGUCACCGAAAGCCCCCCUAUGGGCACGUUGACAUUAAUGAGGACCCUGGUCCACCACCCCCUUCUCCAUUGGUUGGCCUUAAGCCUUUGCAAUUAUUGGAGAUCAAAGCUAGGGGGCGCUUUGGCUGUGUCUGGAAGGCUCAGCUGAUGAAUGACUAUGUAGCAGUGAAAAUCUUCCCCAUACAGGAUAAAAUAUCCUGGCAGAGUGAGAGAGAAAUCUUCAACACCCCUGGCAUGAAGCACGAAAACCUUUUGCAGUUUAUUGCAGCAGAGAAGCGAGGAACAAACCUGGAGAUGGAGCUAUGGCUGAUCACAGCUUUCCAUGACAAGGGCUCUCUGACAGAUUACCUGAAGGGGAAUAUUAUCAGCUGGAAUGAACUCUGCCACGUUGCAGAAACAAUGGCCCAUGGACUGUCCUACCUACAUGAAGAUGUCCCCUGGUGUAAAGGGGAAGGACACAAACCUGCCAUAGCACACAGGGACUUCAAGAGUAAAAAUGUGUUGUUGAAGAAUGACUUGACAGCAGUUCUAGCUGACUUUGGACUGGCUGUACGAUUCGAGCCUGGAAAACCUCCAGGGGACACCCAUGGACAGGUGGGAACAAGGAGGUACAUGGCUCCUGAGGUGUUAGAGGGGGCAAUCAACUUCCAGCGAGAUGCCUUCCUGAGAAUAGACAUGUAUGCAAUGGGACUAGUAUUGUGGGAGUUAAUCUCCAGGUGCACAGCAGCUGAUGGUCCAGUAGAUGAGUAUAUGCUGCCUUUUGAAGAGGAGAUAGGUCAGCAUCCAUCCCUUGAGGACCUGCAGGAAGUGGUGGUUCACAAAAAGAUGCGGCCUGCUUUCAAGGAUCACUGGCUGAAACACCCUGGUUUGGCACAGCUCUGUGUUACGAUUGAAGAAUGCUGGGACCACGAUGCAGAGGCUCGGCUUUCGGCAGGCUGUGUCGAGGAGCGCAUUUCUCAGAUCCGUAAAUCAGUAAACGGCACUACCUCGGACUGCCUCGUUUCCAUCGUGACAUCUGUCACCAACGUGGACUUGCCACCCAAAGAGUCUAGUAUCUAAGUCCUGGUUCACUUUUGUCUUUCCAGACUCAGUGGAUUUAAAAAAAGUUUAAAAACCCAACAAACACAUGAAUGCAGCUGCUAUUUUAUCUUGACUUUUUAUUGUUGUUGUUGUUGUUGUUGUUUUUGGAUUGGAUCAAUUUUACCAGCACAUUGCUCUACUGUAUUAAAAAAAAAAAAAAGAAAAAAGAAAAAAAAAAAAGAAGACAUCUCAGCAAGCAUUCAGGUGCCGACUAAUGAAUGCAGAAAAGGUGCAGGUACCUCAGAACCUCAACAAACUCACUUCAUUUGUGGUUUUUUUUAAAUUCAGUUUUCUGGGUUUCUCUUUAUCCGUCUAUCUUCAACGCAGAGCAUCUCUGACAUAAAGGAAAACCACGUACCAUCUUAGAAAACGCAAUGCUGUAAACUUUGGAGGAAACUUAAGACUGUUACAUAAGAUUACACCUUCCUCAAAAGGAUUAUUUUCCCCUAUUUUCUUUUUUUAGACAGUGAGCUUCAAAAAGAAACAAACAGCAGAUGUGUCUUUUACGGAUCUAACGGGUGUCAUUGUAACGGAAAAGAACACAAGAAACUGGGAAGAGAAUGUUAACUCUUUGAUGGUAAAAUUAAAGGGGGGUGUUUAGUAUAAGGGAAAGGGAGAGUGACGUUGGACUUUGCAGCAUUUGGAGAAACAUCAUUUGCUAUGGAGCUACUUCUCAGGUAACCAGUUAAUGAGGGGAAGAACUUUUUUGAGGCAGAGUAUUUAUCACCGCAGCAUAUGGAGAAAGUUGGGUCAAAGAGCCAAUGGGAUAAGCAAGGUACUAGUUCUUACUUCCCCCAGUAUCUCAGGCUUGGGUGUUAAAAGAACAAAACCAAACCAUAGGGGGGGGUGUGUGUGUGUGUGUGUGUAUAUAUAUAUAUAUAUAUAUAUAUAUACACAUAUUUAAAACUCCAGGUUAGAAUUGGAAAAAGAUGCUUUUAAGCAGUGUAAUUGAGAGAAGUAGCAGUGUAUUCUCAGAAGCACACUGUAAAGUAUUGGAAGAUUUGAAAGCAUUUAUAUCUUGCUUUAAAUACAGUAGCAGUUCAGGGAAUAAGGCCUCAGGGCUGGAUAACUGCUUAGCCCAAGCUACCAGUGCAGAUGGUUAAAAAGAAGAAAAGUAUGAUUUCUGGCUCUGUAGAAAGGCCUUUUUUUAACUGGAGGGGAAAACAUUACCUGGGUCAGUAGCAGACAGUUGCACCCAAGAAUCAUUUGAAUUGUAAAAUUGCAGAAUAUAGGGAGGUAACAGAGCAGCAUUAGAGUUAACCAUAGAAUCUGUUAAACCAAUUUCUUUGACUCAGCUUUCUCUUUAUCUGUGACUAAACUCUUUUGUCUUAAAGUGGUGCAUAUUCUAAAAUACCGUUACUCUAGUAUGCCAUAAACUUGCUCUAGUCAGUGAAUGUUCCUAAUGCUGCUGAUUCAACAUUUAAAUAUUUUUUUAAUUUGCAAAACAUGCAAUGUUUAAAAAACAAAACACACACACACACACACACACACACAACAUGUUACGUGGCUUCCGAGGUUUAAACUGAAAAAAAAAAAAAAAAAAUUAAACUUCAUGACCACAGACCACCUCAAACCAGAAAUACCUCAGAAUUUUCUACUUGUAUGAGUUUUAUUAUAUAUUUUGUUAGUUGUGUUGUCUUGUAGUAAGUCUAUUUUAAUGUAAGUUGGCUUUUAUGACAAGGGAGUUUUAAAAAAAGAAGAAAAAAAGAAAAAAAGUUCCAACAUCUUUUAGGAAGUGCUACCAUUUUUUGUUUUAUAAAGCACCAUUGUAAAUAACUGUAUACAGUUGUAGAAUAACUGCCUAUAUAAGGUAUCUGGGCAUUAUUCACUCUUGUUUGUGAAGGUUGUUUCCAUUUUGUGUUUGGUCUGUUUCAGUGAAAGGACAGUACAUCUUUUUAUUAAAUAAUUUUACUUUUUCUCAGAAUAUAACAUCAAUACAAAAAUCAAUGUCUUGCUAGACUGAAAGUUAUCUUUCCUCUUUUGAUUGCCAGAACUUUUAAACUUUAUUUGCUUUUAUACCAAAAUAUUGCCCUAAACAAAUGACCUUUUUAUGAUGUAAAAAUAUAUAUUCUAUAGACAAAUUGGGAUUUUUUUUGUCACUGACAAAAUGUCAACAGGGAAUCUUGGUCUAGGUGUAAAUUAUUAAGCAAACAAAAUUAUCGCCUGGAAAAAAAGAUGAAAAUUAUUUUUCUCAAAAGCAUGGCUUUAAAAACCUUGAUAAAAGUCCUUGAUAUUGGAGAGACAGUAAGGUAGUUGCCUUAAUUUGUCUGUCUAAAUAAAAUCUUAAACACGUUUUUCAAGUUAUUGAAUGUAUAUUUGCAUAUUAAUAUGUGCACACAUGUAAGUGUAUUUGUGUAUGUUGAUGUUUCUGAUUUUUAAUGUGACCCUGUUCAGAAAACCUGGACAAAAACACAGGCAAAAUAAUAAAAUUCUGGCACAGUUCAUGGCCCAGUUGAUGGUUAACAUCUUUGGCCCCAAUGCUACAAACGCCAUAGUGCUUAAAGUGAACCAUGCAAGUAGUUCUGUUGAAGUCAGUGGCAAUAUUCACAUACUUAAAGUUAAGCAUGUGCAUAAGUGUUUGCAGGAUUGGGGCCUUUCUUUUGCUUUGUGAAUACAUUUCUGCACUGAGAUUUAUAUACAUGUGGUUUAGUGUUUUGAAAAGGAGUGAUACAAGCUUUGGGGGUGGGAUUCUAGAUAAGACUUAAGAUUGAAUAAACUGUAGUUUUGUAGGUUUUUUCCUGAAAUGGGAGCCAGUCUAGAUUGUUAUGGAAAGUAAAAGCUGUACUGUCUUUUAACUAUUAUGAUCUUUGUGCUGUUCUGGAUUUUUUCCUUCAGAAUUAUGUGUUAUGGAUAAAACAGGCUUGUUACAGUAGUUGCUUUUUUAAAACUGAUUUAUUUAAGAAGCUUUAAAGUAUUUAUUGAAAGUGCCAUAUGAUUUUCAAUAGCCUAUUAGACAUUCUUCCUCAACAGUGUCUUUUGAGGAAGAAUAAUAAAAACUCUUAACAUGUAGCUUAUUUUACUUCAGAGAACUGUAAGGACAUACCAACUUUGACCAAACACUGGUUGUGAGAUACUAGCAUCUUCUCUGGCUUUACAGUUCCUUAUAGAUCAUUUUGUGAACAUAACUUGGUAACUGGUAAGAGGGAAUUUCUGCAGGGCAUAUAUGUUCAGUUACAAAUUUAAAUGUGAUUGUGGGAUGAGUGUGUGUGUGUGAGUGCAUGUUAGUAUGUCAGAGAAGGAAGUCCUGAGGUCUUGUCUACAUAAAAAUUUGCACCAGUUUAAACAAAGGUGUACAAAUUUAAGUUAAACUUGCAAGUUUUUCAUGUAGAUGAUUGUUCUCAUCAACUGCACAGGUUUCUAAAUACCAAGCAAAUAGUUUCAUCACUGCUAAUCCAGCAUUUGAACUGUCAUUUUACAGUAUCCAUUGGAAUUUUGUUUAGUAUUGUAAAGACAUUUCCUAAGACAGCAAUAAGGCACCUCCACAGGUGUAGCAGUUAUAAGCAAUUGCAGCCAUUUCCCCUCAACACCUUGAAUAUGAUUAGGACCAUGUAUUUUCAUUUUUGAAGUGCCAGUGAUCACGGCAUUUGCAAACUUUGAGACAAGCCUAUUUAAAAUAUGCUCUUUAAAAUUUUCAUAUUCAAAGUUCAUAGUUUAAUGUUAAUUUUAAACAUCCUGGGUGGCAAUUGUCAAUGGCAAAUUUCCCUUUGGCUUCAGGGGAGCCAGGAUUUCAUCAGCGUUUAUCUUAACUCAGGUUAUGAAUUUGUCACACUGACUUAAUUAGUUAUCUGGCUGACUCAAGUAUGAGUUCACAUUUUAAGCUGGGAAACUCUACAGGAGCUGAAAUUGACUAUACAGGAUAGAUCUGCUAACUGCUAAAACAAUGUUAAUAUCAGUGUACCAGGGCUGGAAAUUAGUGCAUUGCAUGAAUGUUUAAAUAUAUGUGCAUUUUAUAAGGAAGGCUGUGAAUUAGUCCUUGAUAAGCAGCAUUUAAUUUAUUCAUGCGGAAUACAGAUUUUAUAUUGCCCGCAUCAGCAAGUAAUCUCUAGCAACCUACCAAAGAAGUAGUCUGUUCAGUUUGUUGCCACCAACACAGCUGACUUGUUCUGUCAUCCUUUACAAGUCUCUUAUAUGAGUGUCAGAAUAGUAUAUUCUAGAAAGUGAUUUUAAAAUUGUUUUAACUUCCUAGCAGGAGCCAGUGACAAAAUUUCCUAUUAUACUAAAAAAGAUAAAGAUAUGAAUAAUUUUGGGGCUACAUUUGCAAUAGAACUAAGCAGCCACCCACAAAUCAGAUCAAGAUUUUGUAAAGUUAAUUAGGGCUGGUUUGUGAGUCCGUUCUUCAUAUUGCAGUCAGUGAGGUAUAAGGGUACUACUCCGUGUGAGCUAGGGCAUCACAAUCUAGAUCAGAAUAAGAAUUUUAAGACACACACUGUGGUCCUAGCACCUGUGUUCUUAUAGAAAGGCUUAAAAUUCAAUGAAUCCAUCAAUUCCUAAAAUUUUAUUGAACCUUCUAAGUGAUUAUUAUCUAAGACAUAGUUAGUUGUGUUACUGAUACCACAGAUUGUUGGCUAAGUAUGAAUUAAAUUAAAUACUACUACUUAAAGUAAAUGAUUUUUUUUUAAAUUAAACCCAUCCUGGGUGAAAGUCAGCUACUAAUUCCUCCUGCAGUUUUGUUAUGCUCUUGAAUAGUUUAUUUAAAAAAUAUAAACCUGGUACCACACAUACCUUAAGUAAGCCCAAUUCUCACUAUAGAAGUACUAAAACAACUCCCUAUAUUAAAUCAUAGAAGUAAUUUGCUACCCAAUCCUGCUCUCUAUAGUCAGGCAAAACUCCCACUUAGGUCAGUGACAGUGAGUGUAGGAGCUGGCCCUUACUGUAUGUGUUAUGUCUGUGAAUAAGAAUUUUUAAUGGUCAAGAGUAUCUCUCCACAUUUUGAGUUCCCAGAAUCAUUGGGGUUAAUCUAAGAUGCUUUAAUUUCCUUAGGUCUAUCAACACUUGCAAAGAUGAGUAUAAAACCCACUUGCAUUCAGAAUUUUCCACAAGCCCCAAGUUGUGAUGUUGAGAUAAGUAAAGGAGGGUACAGAUCAAAGUUGGAAAGGGAUUUUUUUUUAAAAGCCUUACGGGUUUGGACCUUUGUGUCUCCAUAGUCAUUUUUAUUAAGGUAUGAGAUGCAGUGUCUUAGACUUCUCUCAUACUUUUAAGGUGAAAUUCUGCUCCUCUCCCUGCCCACAAAAAGCAUUAGAUAAGAAUUACACCUGUGGAAAUGCCAAGUGCGCAUGCUCAAUCUCUGAGUUUCAGGGGCAAGAUGCAGCAAAUGUCCCUUCCCAUUUCUCUGAUUAGCAAGUUACAUUUCACCCAAUACUGAGGUCUCAAUUCUGUUCCCAUUGAAGUCACUGACUAAUCAUGGAAGUUCAUUGGAUGCAGAAUUCCUGGUGGGAAUUCCCAUGUGCAGACCUUGUAGGAUCAGGGCCCUUCUUACCAGGAGUAAUGAUUUCUCCUCUAACAGCAUCUAGACUGAAAAACACACACAUAAUUCCAGUAGCACUACCUUCUAGACAGACUGUCAGAGGUUUACCCAGUUUUCCGGGAGAAAGAACUAAUCUCUUGUAUGAAAGUGAGACAUUUAAGUUGCAGAAGUUACUGCUUGAUAACACUGUGAGCAUGAAGUUGUUGCAGUCCUAUCCAGGUAGUACUUUGGUUGAGAAGUUACUAAGCAGGAAGCACCCCCCAACUAUAUCACUUUUGCAUACAGAAUAUUGUUUGGUAACAUUGUAAAUAAAAGGUAGACUAUAUAAUAAGAGAGGGAAAUAAGAACAUUUUAACUUUUUUACUUUGGAAAAAAAAAUAUAUAUUUUAGUUACAUAUACAAGCAAAAAUUCUACAUUGUGUGACUGUUCUUUUAUACCACAAAUUAUUUUUGUAAAGUCUAAUAUGUUUCUGCAGGGAAAAGGGAGAAAAGUUUUGUGUAACCACAGCAAAAUAUAUAUAUAAUUUUUAAUCUAACUCUGCACUACAUCAAAGUAUAGAGGAUGGAACAGUUUAAUCUGAAACCCAUUUAAUAAGCAGGUUGGAAGUACAUGGACAUGUUUUGGGGACUGCACUGUACAUUUCUAAUUGGUUACCUUGCAUGUUUCAUCCCUUCUGCAAAAGAGGCUUGUUGCUUUUGUAUGGCCAGCUUCGACUUAACCAAGAAGGCUGUUUUCAUAUAUCCGUGCAAAGAUCCAUGUGUGAUCAGUGUGCUGUCAUGCAUGUGCUGUGAUGCUGCAGUGGAUUGUGAAAUCCGAGUUUUGAGAAUUUUCAAAGACCAAAUACUUGGGUUGAUUUUACUCAUUGACAUGUCCAUUUAUAGCAGCUUCUUCUGAUGCAUUGAUGAUAUGAUCUCUAAGGAACUGUUGCCAGCAGAAACCCAAUAAAACAAAUUUCUAGAAGUCCCUUCCCUUCCAAUUGUAUAGAUGUCAUAAACAGGUCAGGCUUUUCCAGGAUAUUGAGACAGGUGUUCUUUUUCAGAAGUCAGAUUUCACUGGCAAUGUAAGGGAUGCUUUUUCUUGUUUUCUUUUAAAAAGCAUGAGUGGGACAUUGCCAGGUUAAAAAUCCUAUAAAUUUCCUAAUCUGUUUUACUAAUCAAAGGUGUUCUUGAAUUUUUUUUAAAAAAAAACUUCUAAAACGUACUUUUCACCACUUACGUUGGCUGUUCACUUUUUAUAUCUAAUUUAGCUUGGACAGUGUAACCAGACUGGACAGUAUUGCUUUUCAGCCAGUUUUGCUUUCUGGGUCUCGUGCACUACUCUGAUGCCACAAUGUCCACAUUGCAAACAUUGCAGUAAAAAUCUUUAAUCCAAACAAAUUGUUUUCACUGACACGACAACAAUUCUCUGGGGCCUAGCCGACCUGACAGUAUCCACUUUAGAAUCCGCUCUUGAAAGACUUUGAGCAGUUCCUGCCUUUUGUAAUGGCAGAUCCUACUUCUGUAUUAGUCUUAUGAGCCCUGGUUUAAAUUUAAAAAUUAGAUUAACCUAAGUAUGUCACUCAGGGCUGUGAACAUUUUUGCUUUCUGAGCACUGUAGUUAGGUUGACCUAAUCCCUGGUGUAGACACAGCUAUGUUGGCAGAAGAAUUCUUUCGUCGCCCUAUCUACCAGCUCUCGGUGAGAUGGAUUAAGUACAUGAUGGAAAACCCCUUCCACCAGUAUAGGUAGCACCUGCACUAAGGCGCACAAGCGGCACAGCUGCAGCAGUGUAGACGUGCCCUCUGAGUAAAAUCUUGGCCCUGUUGAAUUGACUUCAGUUGAGCCAAGGUAGAUAAAUGUGUUCCUGGAGCACUUUUUAAAAGUGCCUGGUUAAUAAUACAUGGAACUUCUUGUUCCCUAAAACUUCUGAGUUUGGUUAAAAUUCUGCUCCGAUAACUGAAGUAAUCCACGAAAUAAGUAGUAAUCCUCUCUGAGACAAUUCCACUGAAAGAUCAUACUUCUGUUAUGUCCAUUCAGUUCUGAAAUGUAACACUAUUCUGUUGUGCCUUUGUUUUUAACAUGUAAAAGCAACUGCUGUAACUUUUAACUUGUUUUUUUCUGUCUGAAAAAGAACCCACUUUUCAUUGCCCAGCUGUUAUUUCUGGAUGCAGUCUGUGAUCCAGGUAUUUCAAGAACCAAUUACCUCAAACCUCAUACAGUGUUGCUAUCUGGAUUCUCCUUGAUACUACAAUAUUGUAACAUACACAAAUAGGAACCUGCUACAUAUGGGUGUUUAUAUAUAUAUAUAUAAUAUAUAUAUAAAUGAAAAAGAUCCCCAAGGACUGAAGAAAAGCAAACUUUUUCGUUUUCCAAUAUUGAAACCAAAAGGGCUUCUGUAAAGCUCUCUAAUGGCAUUGUGCUGGAUAUAGAUCAAGAGGGUGUUAUCUGAAAAGUGCUUCCUUUAUUAAUCUUCUGAUUUCUACGGUUUUCUGUAUUGGGACAGAUGAUGUGAUUAAAAUGCUGUUCCUGCAUUUGUCUUGGCCUUCUCUGAAGCGGAGGGCUCAGUGACAUUUCCAGUUGUUAAAAACUCAGUGUAGAACAUUCCGAUAAGAUUAGUGUUGUAAAACUAUAGUAUAUCACAGUGCAUUCUGGGAAGACUUCUGUAGAUUUUGUCCCUGUAAAAAGGAAAGCAGUGGCUGUAUCUUGUUCGACUUUCUCUACUAUUCCAAUGAAUUAAAGCUUAACCAGUGACCAUCACAGAGUCAUUUUGAAAUCCUAACUGAGUAGUAGUUAGUGGCCUUUCUAGGCUGCAAAUUUACCCUCUAACUUCAUAAAAAGGUGGCUAGGUGGUAAGGGUUUAGGAUGUCCAUGGUGUGUAAUAGCCAAAACAACUUUCUCUUGAUGGAGCCCUAUAAUAUGAAUGGACUUUACCUUUCUAUUCCCGUCUUUUUCAUACAGUCAGCUUCAACACUAACAGAGUAUUCCGUAACAGUAUCUGGUUGAAGGGAAUUGAAGCCCUACCAGUUUUUGCCGAAGGAAAAAAUCUAUAACGUUGUUCUCACUGGUCAUUUUUUGGGAAAUAUGGAUUAAAAUGUGUCUUAAUUUUAGCCAGAUACCAGAUACACCAAUGCAGUUUGCAGUUUAUAUGAAAUAGUAACAUUCAUAUCCAAACAUUAAGUAAUUUAAAGGGAAGAAGGUGAUCAGUGACCCUUAAAAAAAAGCAUUAGUGUAAGUGUCAAAUCCUUGUAUGGCUAUUGAUGGUUACAGGGAAUCUUUGGUACACCUUUUACAAACGUAUUAAAAUCUCCCAGAAGAAACUUUUUAGAACACCGAUGGCCUUUCCAUGCAAUUAUGUAAUGGUGCAAAAACAGCUGUUAGGUCCAUCAGAAUUCACGGAGGUGGUUGCUGCAGACUAAGGGCUAGUCUGUGCUAGAAUUGCUACAGUGGCACAGCUGUACCGACGUCGCUGUAGCGCUGCUAGUACAUACGCUCUGUGAUGACGGGAGAGAGCUCUCCCGUCGGUCUAAUUACUCCAUCUCUCUGAGCAGUGGUAGCUAGGUCGGCGAGAGAGCUUCUCCUGCCGACAGAGCACGGUCCACACCUGCGCUUAGGUCGGUGUAACUUAUGUUACUCAGGGGAGGACGGGGAACUUUUCCACACCCCUGAGUGAUUUAAAUUGUACUGAAGUAAGUGCUAGUGUGUACAAGCCCUGAGUAACAUGCCUCUUGAUCUUAAUUCUAUGCCAUAAGUCCGCACAAUGCCAUUGUCAGUCUGUUUGAAAUAUCUGCUUAUGAAUUCUGCAUGAUCCUCAUGAUAGAGUUGAAGGCUUAAUCUUUCACCUGUUAAUAUUUUUCACAUUUCUGUGAAAUUUGACUAAUUUUAUACUAUAAAGUUGACUUGACUUAUGUACAGUUUGAUGUCAAUUCUUGUGGAAGAGCUUUCUGCAUGUAACAUUAGACAGAUACAGUUAAACAACACAGCAUAGUACAAAACUGAAAAUGUUUUGGCACCAGCAGAAAGAAAUUUCACCCUAACCAUUUGUCAUUUUAAACUGUCAUAUUAUCAGUUUUACCAGCUACUUCUAAAUUUGUGCUUUAUUAAAAAAAAUAUUAAAGAAUCCUAAGACUUGUCUAGCUUAGUGAAAUAUGUGUAUAUCAGUUUUAGGAUGGAUAGCUAAGUCUUAUUACGCUGUGUUACUUAACUUGUAUAUAUAGAAUAUACAUAAGAGUUUGCAGUAACCUGUUUCUCCAGGAUUUCCAGUUUGAAUGAUUUAAUAAACUCUGACAAUGAGAUUAAGUAAAUGAUUUAGAAGACUGCAGAAGUAAACUGAGUGUAAAUCACAGGAAGCUCUAUCAGAUGGUGAAAUAAUUUUUAAAGAUUCUUUUGGUCCUUGGCUCAAAUUCAAUAAAUACUGUUUGUAUACCAGGAUAUGUGAAAUGUAAAUGUUGUAGGUUAUAUUUCACUCUUGUAGCUAUUAAAAAUGUAGAACAGAGCUAGCUUGUACUACUGAGUUAACAAAAGUUAUACUGAAGUAUCCUGUUAAAGAAAAAAAGUAUACGGAGUUCAGCUCAUUGCUGUAACCCCUUUUGGAUUGAAGUGUGCUGAUUUUUUUUAUAUAUCUAUAUAUAUAAAUUUGUGUGCUGAUUUUUUAUAUAUAUAUAUAAUAUAAAAAAUACACACACACACACACACACACACACACACACACACAUAAAAUGGCCUAAAGCAGACAUCCAUUGUAUUGCAGUUAUGAAAUGAAGACGUUUUGGAAAGAACAUUGUAUCAUAGUUCAUAAAUUUGCAGUGGAUCUUUGUUCCUUUUUACUGUGGUAUUUUAGAAAUGAGUCUCAAGAUUGAAAUUAGAUCUGCCAAGUUGGGGUUUUGCUGCUUCAGCUUUGCACUGGGUGCCCGAAUAAACCAGUAUGAAUGUAGUGUUUGCCCUGUGUGAAGCAGCUAUACCCCAACAAAUAGGAGGAAAAAAACUAGAAAGAACUAUUUCAAGUUUAUCUUUUUGUAUAUGAAAAUAAACAAUAAAUUACAAAUA